AUGGCCCGGGUCCCCGUCCAGCCCAGACCCACACGCCCCCAAUGGCCCGGGGUCCCCGUCCAGCCCAGACCCACACGCCCCCAAUGCCCCGGGUCCCCGUCCAGCCCAGACCCAAACGCCCCCAAUGGCCCGGGUCCCCGUCCAGCCCAGACCCACACGCCCCCAAUGGCCCGGGGUCCCAUCCAGCCCAGACCCACACGCCUCCAAUGGCCUGGGUCUCCGUCCAGCCCAGACCCACACGCCCCCAAUGGCCCCGGGUCCCCAUCCAGCCCAGACCCACACGCCCCCAAUGGCCCCGGGUCCCCGUCCAGCCCAGACCCACACGCCUCCAAUGGCCUGGGUCUCCGUCCAGCCCAGACCCACACGCCCCCAAUGGCCCCGGGUCCCCAUCCAGCCCAGACCCACAUGCCCCCAAUGGCCCGGGGUCCCAUCCAGCCCAGACCCACACGCCUCCAAUGGCCUGGGUCUCCGUCCAGCCCAGACCCACACGCCCCCAAUGGCCCCGGGUCCCCGUCCAGCCCAGACCCACACACCCCCAAUGGCCCGGGUCCCCGUCCAGCCCAGACCCACACGCCCCCAAUGGCCCGGGGUCCCCGUCCAGCCCAGACCCACACGCCCCCAAUGGCCCGGGGUCCCCGUCCAGCCCAGACCCACACGCCCCCAAUGCCCCGGGUCCCCGUCCAGCCCAGACCCAAACGCCCCCAAUGCCCAGACCCACACGCCCCCAAUGGCCCCGGGUCCCCAUCCAGCCCAGACCCACACGCCCCCAAUGGCCCCGGGUCCCCAUCCAGCCCAGACCCACACGCCUCCAAUGGCCUGGGUCUCCGUCCAGCCCAGACCCACACGCCCCCAAUGGCCCCGGGUCCCCAUCCAGCCCAGACCCACAUGCCCCCAAUGGCCCGGGGUCCCAUCCAGCCCAGACCCACACGCCUCCAAUGGCCUGGGUCUCCGUCCAGCCCAGACCCACACGCCCCCAAUGGCCCCGGGUCCCCGUCCAGCCCAGACCCACACACCCCCAAUGGCCCGGGUCCCCGUCCAGCCCAGACCCACACGCCCCCAAUGGCCCGGGGUCCCCGUCCAGCCCAGACCCACACGCCCCCAAUGGCCCGGGUCCCUGUCCAGCCCAGACCCACACGCCCCCAAUGGCCCGGGGUCCCAUCCAGCCCAGACCCACACGCCUCCAAUGGCCUGGGUCUCCGUCCAGCCCAGACCCACACGCCCCCAAUGGCCCCGGGUCCCCAUCCAGCCCAGACCCACAUGCCCCCAAUGGCCCGGGGUCCCAUCCAGCCCAGACCCACACGCCACCAAUGGCCUGGGUCUCCGUCCAGCCCAGACCCACACGCCCCCAAUGGCCCCGGGUCCCCAUCCAGCCCAGACCCACACGCCCCCAAUGGCCCCGGGUCCCCGUCCAGCCCAGACCCACACGCCCCCAAUGGCCCGGGGUCCCAUCCAGCCCAGACCCACACCUCCAAUGGCCCGGGUCCCCGUCCAGCCCAGACCCACACGCCCCCAAUGGCCCGGGUCCCCGUCCAGCCCAGACGCACACGCCCCCAAUGGCCCCGGGUCCCCGUCCAACCCAGACCCACACACCCCCAAUGGCCCGGGUCCCUGUCCAGCCCAGACUCACACGCCCCCAAUGGCCCGGGUCCCCGUCCAGCCCAGACCCACACGCCCCCAAUGGCCCCGGGUCCCUGUCCAGCCCAGACGCACACGCCCCCAAUGGCCCGGGUCCCCGUCCAGCCCAGACCCACACGCCUCCAAUGGCCCGGGUCCCCGUCCAGCCCAGACCCACACGCCUCCAAUGGCCCGGGACCCUGUCCAGCCCAGACGCACACGCCCCCAAUGGCCCGGGACCCUGUCCACCUCACAGCCCCGAGUCGCCAUCCAACCGGGGCCCACACGGCUGCCUCCAUGGCCCCGGAACGUGGCCCUGCUGUCGCCAGCUGUGCAGAGCUGACACCCCCUGCUCCAUUUGUGCAGGACCCCAGAGGCCAAGCUUCCUGA